GUAUCGACCCUCUCCCUCCAUCCACUUGAGAAGAGAAUCUUUGCGUGAUGCCUUCUAAGCAGGUCUUCAGCACCCAGGACAACGCUGUCUACACCACCUCCGUUGGUGCGCCCGUAGCCCAGCCGUACGCCGCCCAGCGUAUCGGGAGCGUCGGUCCUCUACUCAUCCAGGACUUCCACCACAUUGACCUCCUUGCGCACUUUGACCGCGAGCGUAUCCCCGAGCGUGUCGUACAUGCGAAGGGUGCCGGUGCUCACGGCUACUUCGAGGUGACCCACGACAUCACGGACUUGUCCUGUGCGUCGAUCUUCUCCAAGGUCGGUAACAAGGCGAGGGCAACUGUUCGGUUCUCGACUGUUGGUGGUGAAUCUGGGUCGCCAGACACUGCCCGCGACCCAAGAGGAUUCGCGAUCAAGAUCAAGACUGAUGAGGGGAACCUCGACUGGGUGUUCAACAACACGCCCGUCUUCUUCAUCAGGGAUCCAGCAAAAUUCCCCCACUUCAUCCACACACAGAAGCGCGACCCACAGACGCACCUCAAGGAUGCGGACAUGUUUUGGGACUAUCUCUCCCUCAACCCGGAGUCGAUCCACCAAGUCAUGAUUCUCUUCUCCGACCGCGGGCACCCGGACGGUUACCACAACAUGCAUGCUUACUCCGGCCACACGUUUAAGUUCGUCAACAAGGAUGGCAAAUUCCACUACGUUCAAAUCCAUUUCCUGAAGGAUGGCGGUGCUAAGUCUCUGACGGAGCCCGAGGCUGGUCGUCUUGCGGGUGAGAACCCCGACUACGGUAUUCAGUCCCUGUUCGAGGCUAUUGAAGAGGGCAACUACCCAUCCUGGACGGGCUAUGUGCAAACGAUGACUGCGGAGCAGGCGGAGAAAUUCCGCUACAACAUUCUCGACCUGACGAAGGUCUGGUCGCACAAGGAAUUCCCGCUCCGUCCCUUCGGCAAGCUCGUCUUGAAUGAGAAUCCGCAGAACUACUUCGCCGAGAUCGAGCAGGCUGCCUUCUCGCCAUCGCAUACUGUUCCCGGUAUCGAGCCCUCCGCCGAUCCCGUUCUCCAAUCUCGUCUCUUCUCUUACCCCGACACCCACAGACACCGUCUGGGUACGAACUACAACCAGCUGCCAGUCAACGCACCCGUUGCACCUGUCGCGAACUUCCAGCGUGACGGUGCCAUGACGUUCGUCAGCCAGGGUGCGCGCCCGAACUAUCAGAGCAGCUUGGUUCCCCUCAAGUACAAGCCGAAGGCGUACGAGGAGGUUAAGCACGAGACGUGGCUCGGCCAUGCGAACGCCGAUCUCAGCUUCGUCACAGAGCUUGACUUCGAGCAGCCCCGUGCACUCUACCAGAAAGUGUUCAGUGAGACCGACCGCGAGCACCUUGUGCACAACAUCAAGGUGCACCUGCGCAAUGCGAAGAGCAUCGAGGUCAAGAACCGGACGAUCUCUGUAUGGGCUGCCGUCGACCAGUCGCUCGGCGACCGCAUCGCGGCUGCGAUCGGCGUGGCGCCCGUCCCUGCCCUGAAGGUUGCGCCCGCGUCCGAGGCGAUCCGCUUCAAGACCUUCGCUUGAGCUGUGAGUGCCUGGGUCCUGUGGUCGUAGAAGUUCACACUUUGUCUUUGUAUCGCAUUCCCGUGUGCAAUUGUUCUGUAAACCAGGGAGAAUUGUCAAUAAAUCAUUGUAUUGCUCGCA